UUGCUGCCUUAUUUCGGCUAUAAUUUUAUCAAAAUGUCCUGUGAUUUGAAACUCAAAGAUUUAGUUGACAUAUCUAAAAUCUAUGCACCAGAGUUUAAUAUGCCUGAACUACACGACCGUGUACUCGUGUUUGAUGUUAUGCAAGAUGGCUGGCAAACCAAGGAAUAUCUUAAUCCGGUGAAAACCAAAAAUGGCAUCGAUUCAGCGGAGAAUGUGGAACAGAAUUCCGAUGAGAACCCAAAGACUGCUUCAAACGAAGUUCCUCAAGAUACUCAAUCAGGAAGUGUUUCUGAGCAAGAUCUUAUUACCGUGCACGACAGUGAAGCGCGUGAUCAUGGCCAACUGGCUCAAGGUUCACUGAGUGUCUCUGUUGAACAUUCAGAGUUGGCUCAGAAAGGAAUCAUGCGACAACAUAAGAUAUAUGUUCAUAGUUCCUGGCUUGCUGUACAGAGCAAAUAUUUUCGCUCUCUUUUCUAUUCAGGUAUGAAAGAAUCAAGCGGCAAAGAAGUGCAUAUUAAAGUCAACGAGUCUGAGGAAACAACUCACUUGAAGUUGCUUGAAGCCAUUUAUAAAUCAGAUACACUUAAUAAAGCCACCGAAGAGGAACUGUUAGCUGUAAUGGAGUUGGCUGAUAAAAAACCAUUGGCAAACAGAAAAAUUCACGAGUCAAUCUCAAACAUUUGUGCAAUAUCUUUUAACAAGCACUGAUCUUAUGACUGCCUCUGAAAAUACAGUCUUUCAAGCUCUUAUGCACUGGAUGGAAGUAAACAACGUUGACCCAACGACUCUUGAAAAAGAUUCUGGUUUACUAAAGUCAGUUCGGUUUGAGGAAAUAACGGUCGAUUAUUUGUAUAAUGUGGUCCGGAAUCAUCCAAUAGCAAGUAAAAUGCCUGGUUUUCAAUAUAUGAUGUAUCAAGGUAUGACGUAUCAUGCUUUAUCCCCAGGACACAGGGAAAUAAUAAGCGAAGUAACGCCUAGAGAGCGAAAGAAAUUUGGAAGUGGAAUUUCUCAACACACUUUGACCAUUUCUAAAAGGCAACUGCUGGAUUCGAAG